AUGGACGUAAGCACCAUCAUGAAGGACGUAAUCGACGUGGUCGUGAUCGUUCGCGUUCUCGUUCAAAUUACUCGCGGACGAUCACGUGGACGCUCUCGUGGUCACUCGCGUGGUCAUUCACGUGCAUGUUCUCGCGGAACUUCAAGGGGACACUCACGAGGUCAUUCCAAGACACGUGAUCAAGAGUUGCGUCAACUGUCGAAAUGUUUUCGUGCCGCUAGCCUGCAAGCAGCUUUCCCUAUUCCACAUGGUCGCCACCAGCAACACCACCGGCACUUGCGAUCACUUACUAGACCCGAAGUACGUGGUAGAGCAAACAGACGAUCUCGCUCUAAUUCACACGAACGUCACAACAAAAGCGACCAGAAGAAACAGUGUAAGAAUAAGAAGCGUCACAGCGCUAAGGAUCAGUCAAAACAUGAGGCUGAGGGAUUUCAAAGUCUCGGCUAUUAUACGAUGGUGCCAGUUCAUUACGACGAAGGGCGCAGGCAGAGACGCAGGGCACACAGUGAGCCUCGUCAUUAAUGUGGGCAGUGAUACAGAAGUUGUUCCGUUUCAAC